AUGUCUACGGCGAACAGGUCACGAGUCUUCCUUGAUGUCAACAUCGGCGCAGAGCCCGCCGGCCGUCUCACCAUCGAGCUGUUCGCAGACAAGGCUCCCAAAGCAUCCGAGAACUUCCGCCAGCUCUGUACCGGCGAGCACAACGGUCUCAGCUACGCCAAAGCUCCGUUCCAUAGGGUUAUUGAUGAGUUUAUGUUACAGGGAGGGGAUAUCGAAAAGGGAGAUGGCACUGGGACGACGAGCAUUUACGGCAGCGACUUUGAAGAUGAGAACUUAGACUGGCGAGAUAUGGAUGCUGCGGGCCUCGUAUGUGCCGCCAACCGAGGCAAGGACACGAACGGCAGUCAGUUCUUCAUCACCUUGGAGCCGUGUCCGCACUUGAACGGCAAGCACACCAUCUUUGGUCGGUUGGUUUCGGGACAAGAGGUUCUACAGCAGAUCGCCAAGGUCAAUGUUGACAAGGACGAUCGACCGACGGAAGCUGUGCUGAUAGCACGCUGCGGCGAGUUG